UCACGACCUUUGGAUGCUUGAGUUGGAAGUUAUUAUACAGUAGGCGUACGGUGUGAUGAUAGUUUAGGUAAGGUAGGCUUAGGCUUGGGCUAUUUUUUUGUUGAUACGGGCCUGUACCGGAUACGUUUGGAGUAAUUGUGGUAGGCUUUAAAGGCGCGCAGGUCGGCAGUUCGAGGUUCUUCGACGACGGCGGUUUCCGGGAACUAAGGAGAAAGGGGGAGGGGCUUUUAUUGUUUCGUUUGCUGCGAGCGGAUCUGAAUUUAUGGUCCGAUAGAUUUGCCAUGUAGCGGGGGCUUAUAAGGAAGUGGAGACCUUACAGGAGCGUACUUUGAAGUCGGAAAUGGCCGCGAAAAUGAGGGGAGAUGGAAAUGAUGAGAAGGAGGAGGCUGUUUAUGGAGAUUCUGUGACUUCUGCUGAAGUUGAGAGUUGUGAAGCUCAUCAUGUGUUGGCCGUUGAUGACUGCGUGAUCGAUCGGAUGGUCAUUAAACGACUGUUGCGGACGGAUUCUGUUAAAGUUACUGCGGUUGAAAGUGCUGCUAAAGCUCUGGAAGUGCUUGGAGUAAACGAAGCGCAACAUCCUGGGGUUUCUAAUAACGAAACAUAUAAAUACAGCAUGAUCAUUACAGACUACUGCAUGCCAGGGAUGACAGGCUACGAUCUUCUCAAGAAGCUCAAGGAAAUCAAAGGAUUAAAGGACAUACCGGUUGUGAUGAUGUCAUCUGAGAAUGUACCUCAUCGGAUUCAAAGAUGUAUGGAAGAAGGAGCCAAGGAUUUUAUCAUCAAGCCUGUGCAGUUACAGGACAUCCAGAAGCUGAUAAAUCACAUAAAGGUAGAACAACCUGUAAGUAGUACUUCUAGUGCCAGUGCUGCCAUUGUCAGUGCCUGUAAAAGGAAGAGAAACAAGGUGGUUCCACAAGACUCAGAGAGUCGAGUAAGACCUCGAAUCGGUGGUGUUGCUGUGGCGUAAAUUUCUCUGUAAGUUUUGUGGGGAAAGCUGUAUCUGAAUAAAUCUAUCCUCGACAACUAAAGACGUGAAAUCCUUUAGGGGAUAUACCGCAAUAAGUAUAUAACUGGAGGAGCUAUUGAAGUUGGUUGAUUAAACAAACCCUUUUAUUUUUCUAGCAGAGAUUUAAUAUUAACGUUAUUUUUGUAAUAUUAUAUAUACCAGUUUAUAUUUGGUAGCCAUAUCUCCAGCUUUGCUAUUUCUGUGUACAUUCUUAGCUGGAAGUUGAGGUUGAAGGAUUUUGACGGAGAUGUUUUCAAUUCAAAAAGUAAUCGCUUUUUCUGUAUCUUAUCAUGAUUAGAAGGAUUUUAUAUUAAACACAACUGCCGGACCAAGAUACAUAAAUACAUAUAUUACAUUUUCAA